UGUAGUAGUGUAUAAUUAAGGAUAUGGAUUUGUAUAGCUUCUUGUAUACCCAAAAUUUAUGAAUUAAGAUUGUCUUGAGAAGUAUUAAAUUAGAUUAUAGAAGAAAGUGACGUCAACCUGCGUUAAUUAUUGUAAUUAGCCAGGAAUUCGUGGAAGUUUUAUAGAAUGAAUUCAUUCUGUCAUAAAUGAAAGGUAAUUGGAUUUUUUUUUAAUCAAAGACUAAAUAUUCAUGAGUACAUUGUAUACAAAAGAAACUGAAAGGAAAUCUUUAAAAAUUCGCUAAAAACCCACGUUAUUGCCGCACCUGUCACGGUCUUCUGGGUUCUCUGGAAGGGUGUGCCACCGACACGGACAGGUACUUCUUGCUGAAGAAACUGGCGUUUGGAAGAAACGGUCGCCGUUCUUCUCCCCCACUCGACGGAGUCUACGGCAAACGGCGGGACAUGAAGGGGGCCACCACCAUCAUACGUUUGGACACGACUAGUCUCUCCGACAAACAUGGCCCCGUGCAGUCGACCGUCGCACCUCGAACUAAUCGCGCCUGUGCAACGGACUUACGGCGAAAGCGGUUUGUUUACAUGCCGCGCGAUCUUUUCGAAUUAUUGUUGAAAUGGACAAAUUGUACGAACUGUUUCGUCGCGCACAUGCCGUUCGAUGACGAUGAGGUGAUGGUGAAAAUGAGCUUUAGAUUUCGACGUGCGGUUCAGACGCUUACCGUUGCCGUACUCAUCGCCUACACCACUCUUUUGGUCUACCAGACGUUGUCACGUGCGCCGAUCGAGGAAGAGGGGGCCGACGACGCGGGCGCCAAGUUGGCCGGCAACUAUUUGGUGGAGGCACGCGAUCCUUUCGACCCCCGAGAUGGCCUCGUUUCCAACGAAAUUACCAGCGAGAUUUCGUCCGCGACUGCUACGAUGCGUCCUCCUGCCACCGUUUUGGACGAUGUAUUCAUCAGUGUCAAAACGACCAAGUUGUAUCAUCGGCAGAGGUUACCAAUUAUUUUGAAGACGUGGUUUCAAUUGGCAAAGAAGCAGACUUGGUUCUUUACGGAUACGGACGAUGAAGAAUUUCAACGACAAACUAAUGGGCAUAUGAUCAAUACGAAUUGUUCUUCGUCUCAUUAUCGGAAAGCACUUUGCUGUAAAAUGGCAGUUGAGUUUGACACGUUCUUGGAAAGCAACAGAAAGUGGUUUUGUCACUUCGACGACGACAAUUACGUGAAUGUGCCGAGGUUGGUGCGUUUCUUGGGUGACUACAAUCCUCGAAAGGAUUGGUACUUGGGCAAGCCGAGUAUUCAGGCUCCGUUGGAGAUCAACAGCAAGGACAAGGGUUCGCAGAAGGUCAAGUUCUGGUUCGCCACGGGUGGUGCAGGUUUCUGCUUGAGUAGAUCUCUGGCUUUGAAAAUGGUCCCGGUCGCAAGUGGUGGUAAAUUCAUGAGUACAGGCGAGAAAAUACGAUUGCCGGAUGACGUAACAAUGGGCUACAUAAUUGAACAUUUAUUAAAAAAAUCGUUGACGGUGGUGGACCAGUUUCAUUCACACUUAGAGCCGAUGAAGUUCAUUAGGAGGGAAAUCCUCGAGGACCAGAUUUCCUUUAGUUAUGCAAAAACGAAAGACGAAUGGAACGUAGUAAAAAUAGAAGGAUUCGAUAGAAAAUACGAUCAAAACAGGUUUCUGUCUCUCCACUGUUAUUUGUUCCCGAACUUUAGUUAUUGCCCAAGGAAGAGGUGAAGAUGCAAGAAGAAAAAAAUUAAAUCAACAAGAGAGAAUGAAUAUAAUGAAUAUAGAGUAUACGUGAUGUUAAUAAAUACAUCGAUUAAGCUGUGAUUAUUUUUAUACUUUUUUAUGUUUUUGGGAAAUUAUGUAAGAAAUGUAAUUAAGCUUUAAAAAAACUAUUUUUCUUGGGAAAUUUAUCUUUUGUAAGAUAAUGUAAAUAAGAGUGUAAAGAAUUUGUAAAAUCCUAGUCGUUUAAGAUUUAACUUUAAAAAUAAAAUGAGCAAUUUAAUAAUUUUAUAAUAUAAUUUAUGUGAUACAGACGUUUUUAUAUGUAUAAAUAAUAUAAAUCGAUAUUUUCGUUGGUGCAAUAACGUCGUAUUAUUUAUACGCUCGUGACAAUCGUAAUUUACAAUUUAUGCGUUUUUGCUCAAUUGAAAUUCAAACCACAAUGUACAUGUCAUUACUUUGUAAAUAAAUGGAUCGGCGAGCGACGUUA